CCCUCCCCCCUCCUGUCCUGCUUCACCUCGCCUGACGUGGCUCAGCCUGCGCUCUCCUCCGCGAAGUCGCAGCAAGUCUGUGCAAUGCUUAGUUACCCGGAAAUGCUAGUGUCUUCGGUUUUCGUUGAGAGGCUCGAGGACAACGAGGCUUUGCAGGUCAUGGGUGCCUUGAAGACCGCCACCGUGUCCAAUCUGAAGACUCGACCCACGUUACCUUCAGAAAUAACACGACCCCACCUGACCUGAUCCACGCCCUUAUGGAUGCAGAUGACUACCGCCAGUCAGAGGUCCUGCAGUACGAGGAGAUAAAUGUUCUCAGGGAGUUAAACAAGGCGGUGCUGGCCUUCGCUCAGCCUAUUCCCGAGGUUCCGACGAGCUCCUUCUCGGAUAUUAUUUCUGUGUCGAGGCAGAUCUCGGAGUGCAGCGCCUCUCCGCCGAGGAACUACCAAACUCCUAUAUCUUCCGGGUCGUCUUUGGACCAGCAUAAAGAAGACACGAGUCUGGAAGGAAAUAAAAAGAAACAGAGAGAAACAGAUAAAGGUCCUCCUCGUGAAAGCCAGAGACAAGGAACAGCAGUGUCUAAAGAAUACGAAAGAUCGAAACCCUUGAAAAUCGGGAAGGUGAAAAAGCGAGUGGAGAUAGUCGAGGACAAUCGGGCUGUGAAAGCGAAUACCUGUGAUAUCCCUGACAGUGAUAUAGUCAGACCACCCAAGCCUAACGUAGACCAUAAGCUGAAAUCCCUCCUGACCAAAGAGAGACUCAAAAAGGAGAAAGAGCAGGUGCGAAACGCGGUCCCGGGAGGAGAAGCUAAAGGAAACGUGAGCGAGCAGGACUUCACGGGCAGUCCUCCGUCAGCGGGCUUCGUGACGGCUCCGACGACGCUGAAGAGACGCCCCAGAAGAAAGAAGGAUGUCGGUUCCAAGGGCUGUGACGACGCGGUGCCCCAGAUGACCGUCCAGGCAGAGAGGGUGACCUUUGCGGGGGCGCAGUGUCGCAAGCCGCCCACGGAGGAGCUGCCAAAUAACUGGGAGGAAUCAGACGAAGAGGAAGAAGAAACUACGAGAUUGCUGAACAGGGUGAUGCGCGCCAUUCAGCGGUUGGAGCAGGAACGCCCGGAUUUGGUCGAGGAAGUGAAGCAGGAUGCCCAGCAGAGCUUGAGUUCUAAGUCGCUUCCUAAGUCAUUGGGCAAACCACCGAUCCCAGAAGGACGACCUCGACCUCUCAUUGAAAAAGACAAGAAAGACCGAAGCCAAGUAGGAGAGGUUUCGGACAGAGCCAAGCGUCGCGUGGGCGUUUCGGGAGACGGGAGAAAGCUGUCUAUUACGUCUCCUGUUCUGAGGAAAUGCCUGCCGAGUCUAUUCCGGACGAGGACCAUUAUUUCAGCGCCUGCGAGAGUCUGGAUGGAGUCGAGGCAUUACCACGAACUCAAAAACAUACCCUCCCCCGAGCCACGACGCCCCUCGAGGAAAAAGGAGAAGAAGGGAAGGAGAAAAUCGUCCUUCGCCGAGAGACUGAAGGAGGCGCUGGCGAGGGAACCGAGUCUGGACUCCUAUCAGACUCAGGAGAAUAUUCCGAACGAGGAGGACGACCCGCUGAUGAAAUUAUCAAGACAAGAAUCUGCAGGCUUUGUCCUCGACUCCAGCCCUCGCCAUCGACUCAUUCGGAAGACGGAGAAAGAGGAAGAAAAAUGCGGUUCUGAUAUUUCCGAGGAGGAUUUUGAGGAUCAGGAAGAGGAGGAGGAGGUUCCGGGCAGAGGACACGAAGGAUCGGAUUCUUCUCGUUAUUCCUUCAGCUCGGAUUAUACGUCCGAACUGGAAGAUGUCUAUGAAAAAUUAGGGGAAGUUCUAGAAGAAUCUGAAGGAGGGAAUCUUGGGCCUCGAACAGCAGCCAUCGCGCGAUUUGCUCAUGGCUUGCUCAAGCGCGCCCUUAGUGAAUCAUACAAAGACGUGACUCUUGGGUUGGACGGGUCAGCUGUGAAGGACCCCGAGAGUGGCACGAGUGGUCCUUUACCCAUACGAUCCCUCAGCUUCUCCGAACCCCGUCCUCCAGCUGGGAAAAGGGUUCGACCGCCAACGCUAAACACGCUGAAGAGCAAUCUCGGAAAACCUGUUGUGACGGGGAACUGGGGUUGUGGUUCCCUCAGGGGCGAUCACCAGCUAAAAGCUAUGAUCCAGUGGGCGGCUGCUAGCAAAGCACGGGCGCCGAAGAUGGUAUAUUACACUUAUGGUGACCAGAAUACUGUGAAGUUGGAUAUCGUUUGCCGGCUGUUAGGGGACAGAGGCUGGCGUGUGGGAGAUUUAGUGUCGACGUUGCUUCGGUACAGUGAGUCACGUCUCGAUUCUUGGAGACGAUCGAGGGAGACGGAACUCACGGAAUCAGCUGAUUCUUCACUGCCAGAAUCCCUCAGAUACAGAGGACCUUCCUUGGACUCCCUAACCCUCUUUGACGAGUUGAUAGGAGCGGACCGUCCAUUCACCACGAUGGAGACGGAGCUAUGAUCAAGUGUUCAGUCUCUAACAACACCCAGUUCCUGUUGUGCCUUUUUUGCUAAACGGUUCAUUUGAUAUCAGCUGUUCACACUAUAUAAAAACAGAGAUAGAUUUUUAGGUUUUGAAUUUUUCGAUGGGUCAUGUCAUAAGGAUACAUCUUGAGGAAGUCUAGGAGGUUUUGUCCAAAAAAUGAAAUUUGACGUUAUUUGUUUAUGUCUAUAAACUUGUACCAUAUGGUGUGCUACCUGUAAUGAAAGACUAUUUACACCUCUCUUCUUUUCAUAGCAACAUUGUGUGACUUCAGUGUGUUUCUAAAGAGUCACACAUAUAACGGUUUUUGGCAUUGUGUCAUGAAUCUAUAAUCUGAAAAAAGGGUGGUGUACCCAAUAAUUUUUCGUCCAUAUUUUGUUGUCUGUCUUUCCUACAAUAGGCUUUCUCACGAAUAUGUAUUUCAAAGUCAGUGGUGAGUGAAAUAAUAGUCAAUUUUUACCGUGUGAUGGUUUAUAUAGAUACAGGACA